AUGGGGCCGCGGCCGCUGCCCGGGCUCCUGGCGGGGCCAGUGCUGCUUCUGCUGCUGCUGCUGCUCUCCAGUUGCGGGCAGGCUGCGGCCCCGCGGCCCCGGGACGCCUCCACCGCCUCCCCGCGCCCCACGGAGGCGGCCGGCGGGGCCGCCACACGGAGCAGCAGCAGCAGCCGCCUGGCCGAGGUGUCGGCGCCGCCCGAGCAGGGCCAGCCCAUGACCCAGCGCGCCCUGUCCGUCCUGGUGCUGGCGAGCGCCGCCCUCAUCGUCUACUUCGUGAUCCGGACCGUGCGGCUCAGAAGGCGAAACAGAAAAACCCGAAGAUAUGGAGUUUUGGACACAAACAUAGAAAACAUGGAGCUGACCCCAUUAGAGCAAGAUGAUGAUGAUGAUGAUACAACGCUAUUUGAUGCCAAUCAUCCUCGAAGAGAAGUACGUGCCUUUCAGUGAAAGAACUUAAUCUUAGAAACCAGAGAAGGAGACUGCUUCAUGGGAGAAAUAAGAAGCAAGAGGGUAUGCAAGGGGGCGGGGACUAAUUUAAUUUGUGUAUAUUAUGGCAUCCUUAAUUUCUUGCAAUAAGUAAUGUACCAAUUUGUUGUACCUUUUUGUAUAUAGAGGAUUCUAAAUGUAUAGUCUAUGGGGAGAGAGUGCUAACUGCAGUAAAAUAAAAACCAAUUUGGAAGGGAGAUUACUUGUAAAACGGGUUUUUUUGCUUGUUACAAGUCUUGUAUGCCAUUAAGUGUGGUAUACACUUUUUUCUACAGUAAUCUGGAAUGUUAAUAUUAUUUUUUUUCUGAUAUUAAAAUGUAAGUAAAUAUAGCCACUGUGGACUCCUCAGAAUUGUUAGAACUGAAUUUGAAUUGGGGAGAUGCUUUAUUGUUUACAAAUAAAAACCAAACUACUGCCUUCUGUGUUGAGGUUUUUUUUAAACCGAAUUAACAUGUUUUGUGUAAACUUCAGUGAACAAAUAAAAAACAUGUUUACAGUG